UGAUCUUCGUCACCUGCAAUUUCUCUUUUCUCAUUUCUUUCAUCUUCGACUUUCGAUCAACGAUGCCGAGCAGAUACGCAGGAGCCUUGUCUCAGGAUUGGGAGCCAGUCGUGCUACACAAAUCCAAGCCAAAGGCUCAGGCGCUUAGAGAUCCGAAAGCCGUGAACCAGGCUCUACGUGUGGGUACAGAGAUUCAGACGAUAAAGAAGUUCGACGCGGGUUCGAACAAGAAACUACCGGCAACGGCUGUCAACGCCAGGAAACUCGACGAGGAGACGGAACCGGCGGCGGUGAACCGAGUAGCGGCGGAUGUGAGACAGGCCAUACAGAAGGCACGGUUGGCUAAGAAGAUGAGUCAGGCCGAUCUGGCUAAGCAGAUCAAUGAGAAGCUACAGUUGGUUCAGGAAUACGAGAACGGGAAAGCUGUUCCUAACCAGGCUGUGUUAGCGAAGAUGGAGAGGGUCUUGGAAGUCAAGCUGAGAGGAAACUCAGGGUCGGGAAAGGGUAAGUGAAUGUGAUGGAUUCCGAGUUAUAGGUGAAGUUGUCGUGUGUUUAGUU